AUGUCUUACUAUCCAAGCUCGUAUUUGGCCUUUGGCCUCAACUUAUUACGUGUCGUCAAGAGUGUCAUCACUCGUACACAAGUAAGCCUCCACAACAAGCUUGAUUCGUGUAUCCUGACUGUUGCUAUGAAGUCAAUUGCGGUCAAUGUGACUUCCUUUGUGACUGCUACUAGAUAUGAAGACAGAAGCUUGAGGUGUGAACCUCUGACUUUACCUUCAUCUGAACCUCAGCCUUCUGCCACAGAGCAGCUAUCAGUGGACUUUUCAGUCCCUUCCAUUUCGUUCAAAGACAAAGUUCCGGUCUCGUCUUCAAAUAUCGAAGAAGAACCUUUGAAAAUUAUCAGUCCUCUUGCGAAUGAAUCUCAUUCGCAAUCAGCUGUAUUACCUAAUAUCCUCGUCGCAGCCACACUCGAACCUCUUGCGACUCAGCCCAAACACGCAACCACAACCUUCAGCUCAACUUCUGCCCCCUCUCCAUUUCUGGCUUUCUUAGAAGCUUCUCACCUUGAGGCGUCUAACAGGUUGCUUGUAGAAAAGUCAAAAUCAAAACCUCUAGAUUUAGGAUGCGCUCAAUUCAACUCUGCCUACUACCGAAGACAUCUUCCUCCAGCCCUGCCUCAAUUGUCUACCAGAAACACACCAAAGAAGCCUUUUUGCUGGAGAACCACGUUGGAUGCAAUCAUGAAGGAGUCAGGCGAAGAAUGUGACGAAAUCUUGGAUGAGCUCGUCGAAGAAAGUGGCACCAGAUCAAAUCAAGACAUCUCUGGAUCUUCCCACUCACGCUCUUCAAGUAUUUCUUCGGAUACAACUUGUAUCGAAACACCCGUGCUGGUCAACAUCUCAGCUGCUAGUGAACUCGAACUUGAAGAAGCUUCAAUUCUCACGAAUCCUUCCAACACUACCACUCUUCAAGAUCCUCUUUUUGCCUCCCUUGGUAGUCCAGAAAAACCAUUAUCAUCUUUCAAACCGUCUUCGUUUCUAGAUUUUAUUGAAUCAUCCAAUCAGAAGAUGAUCAAAAGGACGCAAAAAGAAAAAUCUAAAAACUUGAAACCGGAUGUGGGAUGUUCAGAAUUUAAUUCAGCUUAUUACAGAAGACAUCUUCCUUCAAGUCUUCCGCCAUUAAAAUCUAACAAAACCUUUUGCUGGAAAUCUAAAUUGGAUCAAAUGAUGAAAGAAGAAGAGUAUGAGGAUAUAUCAGUUGAGAUAGUUAAUCAAACUACCACCAAACCUCCAGUGAUCUUUCUUCCUUCUAUCAACACCUCCUCUUCACAUCUCCGUUCUUCAAGUUGUUCUUCUGAUAUCACAGUGGUUGAGACACCUACUUUGAUAUAUUUUCCAAAAGAACCUAUUCUAAUACCAUCCCUUGUAGAACUUCCGUUUUGUUUAGUCUGA